UAAAUAGCCCCGAAGUAACUAAGAUUUAAUGUAAAUCAAACAGUAAGUUAAAACUUCACUAAUACUGAAGACGCUCUUUAAUUGUACCAAAAAAUGGCAAGUAGAAAAUCUAGAUCGAGUAGUACGACUUCUGUUAUUCUGGCUUCAACAAAAUUUCGGAGAUUAUCAUCCUCACCGGAUAGAGACUGGCAAUGGAGGUCACCUUCAAUCGACCAGCUCUCAAAACGAGAACGGAGAUCAGCUACAGAAACUCUAACUUAUUCUCGCGACAAAAAGAACAAUGAAGGCGUACCUGAUAGCGGAAGUGCUCUAAGGAGGUUUAAGGGUGCUAUUAGGGCGACAAUGAUUGUUGGUAAUAGAAGAACAUCAGAUUCAGUUAUGUUUACAUUUUUAGCCAUGUCUGAUGAUAAGCGAAGAGGAACUAUUCAUGGAUCACAUGGAAUAAAUAGCAAACGUCGAAGUGGUGAUACUGCAUUGAAAGAUUCUCGGCUGGUGUCAUUCCUCAGUCGAAAAUCAGAAGAAAGAAAGAAGCGGUUGAUAUUGAAGUUUAGAAUAAUAGCUCGGUCUAUUGGUUACAUGAUCCACUUGUGCCACAGAGUAAUGGUGGAUAAUGAAGAGUCCAUUACAUAUCGAGCUGAGAUGAUGAAAUUAACAGAACAACUUGCGGCGGCAGAUGGCGGCCAAGUACCUUGUGUAAACCGAAUAGAUACUUCAUAUUAUAAAGCUAAUAAACAGAUGAGAAUGUCACAAGAAGGAAAAAGAAUUUUAUCAAAACUCCCGAAACACAGAUCAGACAAAGAAAUACAAUAUGCUACGAUAGCACUACGUAAUGUGAAAACAAUAGCAGACUAUCCUCUACAUAUUCAGCAACAGCUUGCCAUGUACGGUUACUUUGAAAAUUAUGAACCAAAACGAGUAAUUGUUAAGGAAGGUCGUCCAUCAGAAAAUUACUAUAUCCUCAUCUACGGUCAGGUUAUGUUUGCCAAGACAGAUGAAGGAAACAUGGCGAAAAGACUAGGCUCAUUGUAUAGAGGUUAUUACUUUGGUGAAUUAGGUAUUUAUAACGGAACCGCAAGACAGUCCUCAAUUAUAACGGAAGAGUAUACCGAAUUAUUACGCGUCUCUGAUAUAGAUUUUAAAAGGAUCUUUAUGGGUGGCGAUGUGUCUAGAAACCCUGAAGGAGACAAUUUCCUUACACAUGUUAUUUGUCUAAAAGGAUGGCCGUUACAUGUGUUAAAAGGAAAUAAUAAAGCCAUUAUGACAAGCUACUUUCAACGAGAAGCGAUAAUGACACGUGAUAGUAAUUUAUCCGAAUGGAUUUUUAUAGUUAAGUCGGGAUCAAUUCGAGUAAUGAAGAAACUGGUUAAAACGAAAUCAAAUACAAGUAAGAGAACGGGAAUGCACAAGAAAGUUGCACAUACCGAUGGCUAUUCUGCAUUCCAGGCAAAUGAGGAUGAAUUUCAACGUUUUAAUUUAUAUAACAGUAUUGAACUUCCUCCACCACUUACAACAAAAGGCGACACUAAACAUGAUGUAACAGGGCAUAGAGAAUCAUCACUCACUUUGCCGUUGAUGCUGAAAUUACAACGAGCAUGCAGACCUCAUACUGCAUACGCUGACUAUCAGUCAAAAGGACGGUCUAUGAGAAAACUUUCGUUGUCAUGGUCAACUGGUUAUGAACGACAAUGUAUAUCAAAGAAUAUUUCAACCUUGUCUACACCAAGCAUCCAAACUCCUCGUAACCAGUCAUCAAGGUGUUCUAAUGAAAAUCAUUUACCAGCUGUCAAUUCUUCAAAAGACGAAGGACGACGGACAAUCUUAGAUGACUGGGAUGCCGCCACUAAAUUUAAGAAAACAGAGCUGACUGAGGCAGAUCUGAACCCACAAUUUGUUCAUGUGCAGACCAUAACUGAAGGACAAACUUUCGGAUUGCAGUAUAUUUUAUACAAAAAUCAAGUUCAGCCUAGUUUCAUUGUUAUAAGCAAUGGCGCUGAAUGUGUUAAGAUUAAUAGGCGGGUGUUCGAAGAAAAUUUAACAUACCACUUGAAAACUGACCUGAAGAAAAAGGUUCCUCCUUAUCCAACAGAUGAAUAUAUGCAAGACAGAUUGGUAACACAAAUGAACUGGGAAUCAUAUAAAGACAUUUUGAUAAACAAUAUUGUGGAAGAGAGUAAGGGACACAAUCAUGACAGAUAUAGUUAUAAAUAUCCAGGAAUAAAACUGUGAUACGAUUUGGACAGAUAUAUCUAUAUUAUAUAUAAAGUCAAGACUGUGAUGCAAUUUGGAUAGAUUUGUCCAUAAAUGUGCUUGAAUAAAACUGUGAUACAAUUUGGACAGAUAUAUAUAUACAAAUGUCCUGGGAUAAAACUGUGAUACAAUUUGGACAGAUAAUCCAUAAAUGUACUUGAAUUAAACUGUGAUAAGAUUUAGACAGACAUAGCUUUGAAUUUCAUGGAAUAAAUCUGAUGUGACCUUGACAUACAUAACGAUAUUUCUUUUCUUAUUAGAUAAUCUAUGAUAAGACUUUUACAGGGACAAAUGUAUCCGUAUAAAUGAUCUUGAAUAUAUUGUGAUAAAAUUUGGACAGAUAUUUGUAGAAAUGUACGCCAUAAAAUAAAAAUUUAGACGAAAUCUCUGGACGAAUACAUGUAAAGUUAUCAGCGACACAGAGAGAAACUCGUCACAAGUAAUAAAAGUGCUAAAUGUUCUUGACAAACACUGAAUAGAUCAGAAUUUAGAUUAAAUAGACGUUACUUAUAUGUCAUUGAUCGUUUUGCCUGUUUUGAACUGAAUUGUAUUGGUGCUUAUAAAUAGAAAUAAAGGAAUAAAAAAAAUGA